AUGUCUGGGGUGAAAACAGGUUUAUUGGAGCUUGAGAUUAAUAAGAUCUCGAAAAUUCUCUGUGUGACUGUGUUCGUGUUGUCUGUGGCCUUGGUAAUGGCUAACGGAUUCCCCUUGAAAGAUACAUGGUACCUUGACAUUCUUCGGUUCUUAAUUUUGUUUUCCACCAUUAUUCCUGUUUCCCUUCGCGUGAAUCUCGAUUUAGCGAAGUCUGUUUAUGCAUCCCAAAUCCACAAAGACCAAGAUAUCCCAAAUACAAUCGUCAGAACUUCGACAAUUCCAGAGGAUUUGGGUAGAAUUGAAUAUUUGCUUAGUGACAAAACGGGCACCCUAACACAAAAUGACAUGGAGAUGAAAAAAUUGCACCUUGGCUCCAUUUGUUACGCUGGAGACACUUUAGAUAUAGUGUCAGAAUAUAUAAGCAAAUCAUUCUUUGCAGAACAGUCUGGCACAAUCUCCCUGAAAAGAAAGGACCUUCGAGCAAAAGUUUGCGACUUCUGUCUUGUCCUUGCAUUAUGCCACAAUGUCACCCCAACAGAGGAAGAUGGCGUUGUGUCAUACCAAGCUGCAUCACCAGAUGAAAUUGCCAUUGUCAAAUUUUGUGAGAGUGUUGGAAUUCGCUUGUACAAAAGAGACCGAACUUCAAUCACCCUUAUUCACAUGUCUACAAACCAAGAGUUACACUAUGAAGUCUUGUACAAUUUUCCUUUCAACUCGGAUACAAAAAGAAUGGGUAUAAUUAUUCGCGACCUUCAAACGAAUGAGCAGUGGUUUAUGCAGAAAGGGGCCGAUACUGUAAUGGCGAAAAUCGUUAAUAGUAAUGACUGGCUUGACGAAGAAACUAGCAACAUGGCUCGCGAAGGCUUGAGAACACUCGUCAUUGGACGAAAGCGCCUUAACACCACCUUAUUCCAAGAUUUCGUUAAGGAGUAUGAGGAGGCAUCAUUACUUAUGCAUGCUCGGGAGUCAGCCAUGCAAAGAGUCAUCAAUCAAUACCUAGAGACUGAAGUCGAGCUUUUGGGUUUGACAGGAGUUGAGGACAAGUUACAGAAGGAUGUGAAAUCUUCAAUUGAGCUCUUAAGAAAUGCUGGAGUCAAGAUCUGGAUGUUGACAGGAGACAAAGUGGAAACGGCCAAGUGUGUUGCUAUCAGUGCGAAGUUGAUUUCAAGAGGCCAAUAUAUUCAUGAAAUAACUAAAGUUUCGCACCCAGAUGCUGCCAUGGCUUUGUUAGACCAACUCAAUGUUAGCACCAAUUCAUGUCUUUUGAUAGACGGAGAGUCUUUGGCAGUUUACAUGAAACAUUUCCCAGAAGAAUUCUUCCGUGUGUCUAUUGGAUUGCCUGCCGUAAUUGCGUGUCGAUGUACUCCACAACAGAAAGCCGACAUUGCUGUGGCUAUUAAAAAGGCCACAGGCAAAAGAGUCUGCUGUAUCGGAGAUGGAGGAAACGACGUAAGUAUGAUCCAGUGUGCUGACGUUGGUGUGGGUAUUGUGGGGAAGGAGGGUAAACAAGCUUCGCUUUCUGCAGAUUUUAGUAUUGACCAGUUUCACUUUCUUCUGAAGCUUUUACUAUGGCAUGGAAGAAACUCCUAUAAGCGGUCAGCAAAGUUGGGCCAGUUUGUGAUUCACAGAGGUUUGAUUAUGUCUGUAGCCCAAGCCAUAUACUCCGUGUCAUCUCAUUUUGAGCCUUUGGCUUUGUAUCAAGGCUGGUUGAUGGUGGGAUACAGUACACUUUACACUAUGGCACCCGUUUUCUCCUUGACAUUGGAUCACGACAUUGACGAAAAGCUAACUAAGUUAUACCCCGAACUUUACAAAGAGCUCACAUUAGGCAGAUCCUUGUCAUACAAAACAUUCUUCAUGUGGGUUAGCAUCUCCUUGUUUCAAGGUAGCGUCAUUCAGCUACUUUCACAAAAAUUCCAAACUCUCAAGGAAAGCAAAUUUUUAGCUAUGGUGACUAUUUCAUUCAGCUCUCUUGUUUUCAAUGAGCUUAUUAUGGUAGCGCUCACAAUUAAUACGUGGAACAGAACUAUGGUUGUGACUAUAGUGGUUACGUUUAUGAUUUUCAUUCUGCUGAUUCCCUUUUUGGGCGAUUACUUUGACUUGACGUACAUAACCAGUUUUGCUUUCUAUUGGCAAACCGCAAUUGUGCUUGCUCUUAGUCUUUUGCCUGUUUGGAUUGUGCAGACCGUCAACCGGAGAUUACGUCCUCCGUCGUAUGCAAAGGUGCAGCAGUACUAA